UCUUCAAAAUAAGAGACUUUGUAACAGUUUAGGGGAGAAGCAGAUCACGUGUUGUUAGCGGUGGUCUGGUGCUACUUCCUCAUGUUGUUGAGCACCUCUUACCUCAGCUGCAUCACAAACACGUCAUCAAAACAGACCCCGCAGCGAGCCUUGGAGAGCAAAGAUACAAGCAGGACAACAACACAGAACAACACAAUACACUCGUUAUAUACAUUUGCCCUUGAUACAGCAACAAAUCAAGCGCACGCUGAGAUGCUUAACAGGACAUACCCUGCUGCUUAAACAUGACGUUGUUAACAAGCAUGUCCAACUCAACAGCAAACUGCUCUUCUGUCCUUGUUGCCCAGAACAGCUCCUCCCACAGUAUCUGCUCUGCCUUAGACACCAUGUCCUGCG